AGCAUCGAUUCUCAGCCCAAGCGGCUUUCUGCACCUCGCGACGUCGGGAUGACCUUUGGUGUGGUGGUGCUGGGGGCGACCGGCUUCACAGGCCGCCUCGCCUGUGAGUACUUGGCCAACCGAGGCGGGUCGAAGGUGGCAUGGGCCAUGGCCGGCCGGGACUUGGGCAAGUUGGAGGCGCUGAGGAAAGACCUGCCGGAGGCGGCCAAAGAGGUGACUCUGCUGAAGGUGGACGUAAAGAAUGAGGAGGAGCUCAAAGACGUGGCGAAGAAGACGAAGGUGAUCCUCAACUUUGCGGGGACACCCUACUUCGACAAGGCCUUGCCGGUGGUGGAGGCCUGCGUCUCCAGCGGCUGCUGCUACGUGGACAUCACCGGAGAGGUGCCCUUUAUGAAGACCUCGGCGGACCGCUACGACGCCAAGGCCCGGGAAGCCAAGGCUUUGAUCCUCCACAGCUGCGGCUUCGACAGUAUCCCCUGCGACAUGGCAGCCUGGAUGGCGGCCACCGCAAUGCGGGAGCGCCACGGCAUGGCCUGCGCCGCCAUCCGAAAUGCCGUGAUGGACGCCGCGGGGGGCGCGAGUGGUGGCACCAUCUACAGCGGCCUGGGCAUGCUCACCCAGGAUGUGGAGAACAAAGCAGCGAUGAUGGAUCCUUACGGCAUGGACCCGCCGGAUGGCCAGCGGGGCCCGGACACCGCGGACGGGGGCACUACGGAUCUGCCGCGCUGGGACGAGCUGCAGGAGAAAUGGCUCAUGAUCUCCCCGCUGUCGAAUCCCAGUUGCAGAACUGUGCGCCGCAGCAACGCUUUGCUGGGCUACCCCUACGGCCAAGGCUUGAGCUAUGGGGAGGGCAUUGUGGUGCCGGGGCCCGUCAGCGGUUGGCUUGGCACCAUGGCGCUGGGCUUCAUGGUGGGCUCUCUCUAUUUCCCGCCCACGCGCUGGGCGCUGAAGCGCUGGGUGCUGCCUGAGCCGGGGCAGGGGCCCUCCAGGAAGGCGAUGGAGGAGGGGCGCUUCACCGUGCGGGCGGUGGCACUGGGCGAAAAAGCAAAGAGCGACGGCCAGAUUCCCAAGGUGGUAGCCAAGGUUGAUAGCGUCAAUGCGGGGGACCCUGGGUACAAGGCCACAGCCCUGAUGUCCGUGGAGACCGCCCUGUGCUGCGCGCUGGAGCGGGGCCGUUGCGCGGAGGGGGGGGUGAUGACCCCCGCAGCCGGCCUGGGGCAGGUGCUGGUGGACCGCCUGAACGCGGCAGGCAUGAAGCUGGAAGUGGAGCCCUGAGAGUCUCAACCAAGAAGCCCCCCAAACAGAGCCAACUACGGCAAGCGUACAGGCCUGGCCAAGCUAGGGUUUAGCCCAGCGGCCUUUAGGCUUUGCUUAGCGGCGUUUGUGGUUUUUGCUCAGCGGGCUGCGGCGAAGCCGCUUGGGUUCGCAGCCCGGCUGAAGUUCACGCUCGCUGCACCCCAGGAACUUGCUUGUUGUUUGUGGAUUGGUGUGGA